AUGGUGAGGGAAACCAAACUUUACGAUUUACUUGGUGUUCAGCCUUCAGCAAACGAAACUGAAUUGAAAAAAGGGUACCGCAAAGCGGCCCUAAAAUAUCACCCAGAUAAACCUUCCGGUGAUGCAGAAAAGUUCAAAGAGAUCUCAGAAGCGUUUGAGAUUUUGAGCGACCCUCAAAAACGUGAAGUUUACGAUACAUAUGGGUUAGAGGCCUCUAGAAACGGAGGACCGGCUUUUGGUGGGGCAGGUGCUGCUGGCGGCGCAGGUGGUCAUCCCGGUGCUGGAUUUGGAGGAGCGCAUGCGUUUUCCAACGAGGAUGCUUUCAAUAUUUUCUCCCAAUUCUUUGGCGGCGGCGGUGGCGCUGGCGGUGCUUCACCCUUUGGUGCCUCAUUUGGCGGUGCUGAAGACUCGUUUGGCGGUUUCAGUAGUGGCGGAGGGUUCCCUGGUGGUGGCCAUGGCGGGUUCCCUGGUGGAACCAGCUUUCGUUCUAGCAGCGGAAUGCCCGGUGGAUUUCAGUCUGGGGCUUCAUCACCUCCUCCUGAAGAAAAAACUGUUUUGGUGAAUUUGCCCGUUAAUCUUGAGGAUCUUUUCCAAGGUAAGAAGAAAUCGUUUAAAAUCACACGUAAGGGUCCCGGUGGCACUUCCGAGAAACAGCAGGUUGAUAUCCAGCUCAAACCAGGCUGGAAAGCAGGCACUAAGAUUACCUACAAAAACGAAGGAGACUACAACCCACAAACCGGCCGCAGACAAACAAUGCAGUUCAUCAUACAGGAAAAGCCUCAUGAAAGGUACUCGAGGGACGGAAAUGAUCUCAUAUACUCCUUGCCUUUGACUUUCAAAGAAUCGCUUCUCGGAUUUAACAAAACUAUACAAACCAUUGAUGGCAGAACGUUGCCCAUCUCCAGAGUUCAACCAAUUCAACCAGCAGAUGAAUCAAAAUAUCCAGGCCAGGGUAUGCCAAUUGCCAAAACGCCAUCACAGCGCGGUGAUCUGAUAGUCAAAUACAAGAUUGACUAUCCUGUUUCAUUGACUGCUGCUCAAAGAAGCGCAAUCUUAGAAAACUUUUGA